CUGAGAUGCUUAAUUGGGUGUCUGUGUCUAGGUGACAAACAUAACAUCAGACUCAAAACUUGGCUCAGAUAACUUGAUCCCUCUAUAAAUUGAACUUUCUCAUCAGAGAAAUAAUUUGUUCUUGGGAAGAAAUCUGCACCUGAACAAAAUCUCAGAGGUGUGAGAGAUGUUCGACUUGAGGACGAAGGUUAUGAUCGGAAUCGCUAGCACUUUGCUGAUUGCUGCAGUUAUGCUGAUAACUGUCGUCCUCUGUCUUUACCUGAAAAUAUCCAAGGCCCUGAAAAUCGCAAAGGAGACUGAAAGCUGUACUGAUCCAUGCAAGGACCCCCAAGAGAAGAUGAUCCGGGCCAAGCCCACUAUUGCUGAUCCUUGUCAUAAUGCCCAGUGUUUUGAUGACUGUAGCAUCUAUAAGGAUAUUGGCUCCCUACCACCUUGCUAUUGUGUUACAAAUGAGGGACUCUGACAUGGCAAUGGACACAAAAAUCUUCACAAACAGUA